AUGGGCUGUCUGGUGCAGGAUCACUUCCCCAGAUGGCAGAACAUGUCCCCAGACAAGAGUUUCCACUUCAUUGUGGCCCUGUGUUAUGACAAGAAACUGGAGGCCCUCAGAGAAGAUGUUUCCACAGCUUCGCAUAGUUCCCAGGGUGCUGACUGUGUGUUACCCUCAGGUGAAAUUGUCCAGAUAACGGAGCAAAGUGACCUGGCCUCGAAUGAUGCUGCAGAGACUGGAGAUGUAAAGGAGGAGGUGAGGCUCCACGAGGGUGCCAGCUCCGACGGGCACCUGGGGCACAUCUUCAGGCACACGGCCAAGGAGCUGUUCAAUGAGGACGUGGGGGUGCUCACCUGCCACACCCUGAGGAACAAAGGCUGCCAGGAGGUCACCCUGAAAGGGACGGAGAGGGCCUGCUGUGCUAAGCCCAUUCACAAAGUUGAAGAUGUUCCUGAGACAGCACAAGAAGAGUUCAUUGAACUUAUUAACAGUAGUGCAGCGAAAACUGAUUUUUCUACAAUGCCAAUUACAAAAUUCUGGAUCAAGUGUUUGUAG